AUGCGUUACAAAGUGCGAUUCUUACUUUUAUUUUUAUAUUCAGUUCAAGCCAAUCUUGAAGGGCCAUUUUUAUUUUUUGGUUCGAAGUCCUUGGAGAAGUACAAGAGGCCGGCGCUGACGUAUUUAGAUCAAGAUGAUUUGAUGCGCAUCUAUGGUGAGGCAGAGGCCAUAGUUGUCUUCAACAAUCAAGACUCGGUGCCAUUGUCCAGCUUGUAUUUUCCACGUUUGCGCAAAAUGCUCGAAGGUCAAACAACGCUGGUCCUACCUCAAGACUUUCUUGACGUUCAUCCGGAUUACAUCAGCAAUGAGACUCAGGUACUUACUCUCGAAGGUCCAUGGUCAGAGCGUGAUGCACAGAUGACGGAGACUUUCGCCCGGUUACAGGACGUCUAUGGAGCUGGCAAGGUCCUAGGUAUAUUAGGUAACUCAGUAUCCCAGAGCCAGUCCGUAGAUUACGUGGACGGUGAACCUUGGGCGAGAGUACGACGACAAGCGUUCACUAAUGACACCAUUAGUACUUCGGAUGAGGACAAACCUCAAAAAAGACAGAGAUAUGCACUGUACAAUGCAACAGGGGCAAAAGUUAUGGGUAGUACGGAAGCAUUUGAUGAUGCUUUUGACUGUAUUGGUUUUUACACUGUGCCCAUCUGUAAUCCUGAACAGUUCACCCAACCUGCCCGCUUAAUCAGCAUGCGCGCCGAAUCAGGUUCCAAACCAAAACCUACUCUCCUGGCUUGCUUCCCCCAUUAA